AUGCUCUUUCCAAACUGCCAAUCAACUCAAGAAGAAGGAUGCAACGAAGAAGAACCCUUGUUAUCGAUAUGCCACAGGAUCAGGGAGUCUAAACCCUUCAGUGUAACCUCAGUCUAUUUUAAAACAUAAAUAUAUUUACACAGUAUGUUCUGUUGAUUAUAAACCUCCCUUUUCAUGAGGAACGCGGCGUGCACAUGUCGAGGAAUAUCUGUUUUAGCUAGCCACGCCGGCUGACGUGAGCUGCCUGUAAAGGGAUGUUUGUUAGCUAAGCAGCUAACCAGCUUGUUGUUGUUUUACUACAUUUGUUUACUUUAAUUAAUCAUGAGUGAAGAUGACAAUUCAGCAUCAGCAAGUAAAGACAAAGACGCCACUCUCCUGCUCACUAAAGACGGGCAGAGGUACUACGUGAACAAGAGUGGGGUCGUGGACAGCAGAAAUGUGACCACACCACACGAGCCGGACAACAACGCCUCCUCCUACGACCUGGAUGAUCCGGACGAGGAGAGCGACGUCCUGGACACCUCGGACCCCAGAGACAGCGCUGCGAGCCCGGAGGAGCUGAACGACGAGGACGCCUCAGAGGGAGACAACGCCCCCAAACAGUGCACCUAUGAAGGAUGCACGGAGACCACGACUCAGGUGGCGAAGCAGAGGAAACCGUGGAUGUGCAAGAAACACCGCAAUAAGAUGUACAAAGACAAGUACAAGAAGAAGAAGAGCGAUCAGGCUAUGUCCAGUGGGAAACUUGAUGUAAGACUAAGUGUCAUUUCUACUUUCAAAUCAGGAGACAGUAAUGAGAACUCAGAGGAGCGUCCUGUGUCAGUGAACAAACAGCGUCUGGGUGCCAUGGGGGACCGGCCAGCCAGACCAUCUCUGAUAGAGCAGGUCCUUAAUCAGAAAAGACUGUCUCUGCUCAGGAGUCCUGAGGUGAUCAGCUUCCUGCAGCAGCAGCAGCAGCUCCUAGCCGCACAGAGCCGCAACCAAUCACAGCAGCAGUUUCCGGGCUGCUGACGCCGGCCAGUCAGUGUUACUUACACUGAAGAAGCAUGAAACACUUUGUAUACAUAGAUAACAAUGUUACCAAGAAGAACUUCAUAGUUGACAUCUUAAAGGUGUGGUGAGUCUAGUGGACUGAAGUGAAGUGGAGUGAACCAAAUCCCUCAACAGAUGGGGAAUUCUGAAGUAGAAGACUGACCAUGAUAUCAAACUAUGGCUAGUGCUGUUUUUUAAAAACAUUUUUCAUACAAGCCAACCUUUCUUUUACUAUCAUGAAUUUACUGUAGUUGCUCAUCUGAACCCUUUCUCUCUGUUGUUGUUUGUGUAAGCACUGCUUAGAUCAUACUUUCAAGCUUGUUCUCUCUGAACAAAUCAUUUCCCCUCUGUGCGCUCUGUUAUGUUUUCUCUUUGAGUGUCUUAUGUAUGACAAUCGUGCUGUGCAUGGCUGUAGCCUCUCUUCAGUAGAGUGGGGUUUUUGGAGUUGAAACUGUUGCACAAACAGAAGAUGUGACUAAAAAAGUAACAAAUCAAGUUUGUUGAGAUGGAUUAAGAUCAUGUUUUUGUGUAGUGAAGUGGCAGGGAAAAGUAGUGUACUGUGUGUUGUGUGUUUAUGAGUUGAAGUGUAUAUUCCCCCACUGUGAAUGUGAGUAAAAUCAUGAUGCUAACACUGA